UGUUGGCAAUUUAAAUAACAGCUCUUGUAUUUUCUGUGUGCUUUUUUAUUGUGAUUAAUUUAAAAUUCAGCACGCUCCCAUAAACCUGCAUGAUAAAAUGCCCACAGGCUCUGAACGUGGUGCAUUAGCUAAGCGCUUACAGAAAAAUAGAAAUCGGAAACCUAAAUCACCUUUGAAGCUUGAAACUCUAAAAUCCUCAGAGCCAAAAAAUGGCGAUUCUGAUCCGGUCAUAACAGAUUUCAAAUACAGCUCAAAUUGCCUGCUCCAAAUAUUGGAUUAUGAUGGCAUGGCAUAUACCUUUAUAACGCCCAAUUCCACCGCUGACGCCUUAAACUUUCUGGCCUUGAGCAUUAAGACCAAAGAUCUGAUCAGCGUCCGUAUUGUGAUAGUGUGCGUGGAGGCUUCCGAAGCCAAAGAUGUCCACCAGGAAAUGGCCAAGCGAGGUGUAUCAGCAAUACUCUAUACAGAUACUGAAAGCAAAAUGUGGACCAGUGUGUGGCAGAUGUGGAUGCAGGGACACCUAAAUUCGGUUUUAAUUGUUUGCGAUGAUUUAAUUCUUAAAUUGGGAAGUCAAAAAGCAAACUACAUAAUUCACUUUACGCUGCCAGCGUUUUCGCAUGUCUUCUUUCAGCGUUUCGCUUUAACCAAAGAAUCCAGCAGUAAAAUAGAAACGUUUGUCAUCAGAGCAGAAAACGAUACUCAUAUUUUUCCUUUCCUUAAGCCGACUUGCAGGCAAAAUGCUGCUGCGCUGGAAAAUUUCUCUACAAUGCAGAUCAACGAAAAUGACGCUAUAGAGGAACAUUGCAAUACGAUCUCCCCCGUUGAAAAAGAGCCUCUAGCCACUUAUGUUAAUGAUUUCCAAACAAUGGCGGAUAGCAGUACAUCAAGCAUCCCAUCAAUGGUUGCCGCAGGGGUGGAACCAAUGGAGAAUGUUCCUCUCUUUGGAAAUGAGAAAGAGGCUGCGCUAUACGAGAAAUCCUCAACCGAGCAAGGCCUGUCGAAGUACGUACAUGUUGGAAUAGUCGCGCACAGUCGACUGCCAAUCCCAGUCUGCUAUCAGAGUGCGGAUUUGCUGGUGCAGCCACAGAUAAAGGCUGCCAUGCAGCGGGAGGGCAUUUGUCGCUCCUAUAGGAAUCAACGGGUUGCCUGGCUCCAUGCUAUCAAAGGACACGCCCUCACUGUCGUGGGACCCAAAAGGACUGGCAAGACUUGGUGCUAUUUGCCGGCUUUGUGCGAACGCGCCUAUCAGCAAAUGCUCCAACGGCAGCCGAUGAAUGAUGGUGUAGAUUGCGAUGUCAACGACUGCGGACCGAGCGCCAUCAUUGUGGUCGCUAGUGAGGAACAGGGCCUGCAGCUGGCUGAGUGGUGUCGCAAACUGCUCGACUUUUCUCAGCUGGAUGUGGAGAUCUUGGUGUGGUUGUUUCAUCGCAGCAAUGCGUUGGAGGUGUGCUCCCGCUUGGUAGAACCUUGCGGCAUUUUUCUGACCACUGCUGAUCUCUUCCUGUACGUCCUGCAGCAGAGUAAGGAGCCGAACCCGAUUUUCAAUCCGGCAGCCAUUUGUUGUGUGGCUCUCGAUGGCUUCGACGAUAUGUGUGCCCAGUGGCGUAAAUGCUGCACGCAAUUGUUACACCUAUUGCCGACGCUGCUAAAGUUUGGACCGAAUCAAACGCAGCUCAUGGUAACGAUGCGCUUUUGGUUGCCUCAAAUGCUGAAUGACUUGCUGCCCUCGUCACCCGAUGUGCAGCUUGUCUUUGAGGAUGCAUUGGAGGCGGCAAUCUACGGUGGUGUUAACUUCGAAUUUAAAGUGGCCAAGGAGCCAGAGUUGGAGCACAAUCGGGAUAUACUAGAAUUUAUUCAAGGGCUGCAGCAGAAUCCGGAAAGCAAGAAUCUUAAGACACAGGGUUUGGUCAUCGCUUGUACCAAUCUGGAGCAGGCCCUACAGUUGAGCGGUUUUCUCAGCGAGCACAACCUCGAGACCUCCAUUUAUAGCGCACACAACAAUGCCUCAAAUCUGUCGCUCGCGCAAUGGCGUCUACAGACUACACCCACAAUUCUUAUUACCAUUGACGAGGUGCUACCAAAUUUACGCCACGAUCACAUAAGCUAUCUGAUAAACUUUCAAAUGCCCAGCUCGUGGACAACAUUUAAAGAUAGAUUCGCUUUGCUCUAUGGAAGCUAUAAGGCGAAUGCCUCAACCUUGAUUGUGGCAAGAAAACAGAACGAAUUUCUGUUGUGGCACCUCUGCACUUUCAUUGUGAAGCACGAACUUAAAAUGCCCUACGAGUUCAUAGAUAUAUUCUUCCAGAUGCGAGUCGAACGUGAGUGCUUAGCGCCACGUAACGACUCGUCGCUUUGCAGUCAAUUCAUCGCCUACGGGAACUGCUCUCGACGCGACUGUCGCCAUCGCCACAUCAUCUGGAAAUCUGAAUGUAAGCCACCUAAGCAUUAUCCCAUCGAGGGCGUAAUUGAAUUUCAAAUAAUUCAAGUGAGUACCUAUUUAUAAACAUACCGAUAUCGUAAAUGAACCUUGUGGAUGCGUACUUUCUUAC